AUGGAUGAAGGCACUCUGACAGCAGCUGAGCCGACUCCGAAACCAGACGAGGGCACAUUGACGGCAGCUGAACCCACUCCGAAACCAGAUGAAGGCACCUUGACGGCAGCUGAACCCACUCCGAAACCAGACGAGGGUACACUGACGGCGGCUGAACCGACGCCAAAACCAGAUGAGGGCACGCUGACAGCGGCUGAGCCAACUCCAAAACCGGUAAGGCUAGAUUUCUUCAACGGUUCUUGA